AUAGCUUUGAGAGAGAGAGAGAGAGAGAGAGAGAGAGAGAGAGAGAGAGAGGGGGGGGGGGGGGGAUUCGAAUCGAGUGCAACUGUUUGGGGAUGUCGACUCCCGCGGAAUACUAUAAGUCGCUUCCACCAGUGAGCAAGGCCUAUGGCACAAUUUGUGUGUUGACCACUGCCGCAUACCAGUUGGGUCUCUUGAGUCCUUUACAUAUUGCUUUAAUCCCUGAGUUAGUAUUUAAACACUUUCAGAUUUGGAGGCUGUUUACAAACUUCUUUUUCCUCGGAAAAUUCUCUAUCAACUUUGGUAUUCGCCUCCUUAUGAUAGCAAGAUAUGGUGUACAGUUGGAGAAGGGUCCAUUUGAAAAACGUACUGCCGACUUCUUGUGGAUGAUGAUAUUUGGUGCCAUUACUUUACUGGCAUUAUCUGCUGUACCACCACUCUGGUCUCCUUUCUUAGGAAUAUCUAUGGUUUUCAUGCUUCUUUAUGUUUGGAGUAGAGAGUAUCCAAAUGCACAAAUAAACAUAUAUGGCCUUGUCAGCCUGAAGGCAUUUUAUCUACCUUGGACGAUGCUUGCGUUGGAUGUGAUAUUCGGUUCGCCUCUUAUGCCUGAUCUUCUGGGAAUCGUUGCUGGGCAUCUUUACUACUUCCUCACAGUGCUGCAUCCACUUUCUGGCGGAAGAAACAUACUAAAGACUCCCCUCUGGGUACACAGAUUAGUUGCUCGGUGGAGGUUGGGAGUGCAGUCGAACUCGCCAGUGCAACCUAGCAGCAGUUCCAGCGGCGCAUUCAGGGGAAGAAGCUACCGACUCGACAGAUAAAUAGGGUUUGCUUUUGCACGAUAAAUUUCCUGUGAUAAUCAAUGAAGUUUUAGUCUUUUCACAUAAUGUACCAUCGAUGGAUAGAUUCAUUGAAUUAUUUACGUUUUAUUGACUUAGUUUGAUCAAAAUUCAAUGAAUCUAACCAGUCAUUAGGAAAAAGUGAAGCUGUUAAUAUCACUUUCCACCUGUUAUUUUUUUUACCUUCUGUUUGAUGGAAGAACUAAGGUGGUAGGUAUAUAUCUGACUUGUACUGGUGGAUGUGGGUGUUUUAGAUCUUCAGAAUUUUCAGCAUCUGUUUAAUUCUUCGCUUCACAUGAAGUUAGAAGAAUUUGCCAUCUUUCUCUUGUGGUUUUAUGAAAGUGGAUCACCAAACAGGUUGAUUUUUAA